AUGGGCGGCAAGGUUUGGUCCACCGAAGAGGAGCGGGUUUUUUGGGAGAUCGUUGUCCCCGUCUCGCCGCACGCUGCCAACCCUGCCAAACGUCUUCUGACCUGGCCGCAAUGUGCUGAACUCAUGACGAGGGAGGUUGGAGCCAAUGCCCGCCGCGAGUACACCAACACGAUGCUCUAUGAGCAUCACUAUCAGAACUUCAAGCCAGGCGCCAAGUCCCCCAAGGCCAACCCCUUCUUGGAGAAGCACCUGCGAGACAUUGAGUGGUUCAAGGAGAACAAGACUUCGCCCCCUCCUACUCCCGCCCAAGCUCCCACUUCGGACGACUCCUUGGCCUCUCUUCUGAAUGAGAUCAACAAGCCCAAGCCCAAGACGAAGCGCGGGCGCAAGGCUGCCCCGCCUGCUGAUGAUGGCCCAAAAUUCACCGCUGCGCAGCUGUACAAGCUUGCCACUGGGCGCGAUCUUCCAGAACGAACGUCGUCAUUCAAGCCCGUCAACCAGAGCGGACGAAACAGUCUUACCGACCCUGCUGCCAAGGCUACUGUUGCUCGUGCUGCUAAGUCAGGGAUUACUGCAGAUGCGACCCCCGCGGAGGUGUACAAGUUUAUGACUGGGCGCGAGCUUGGAGAAGGUUCGUCGUCAUUCACGCCCAUCAACCAGGGGGGACGAAACAGUCUUACCAACCCCAUUGCCAACACUGCUACCACCUCUGCUAGUAACACUGUUGCCAACUCUUUUGUCAACCCUGCUGCUAGUACUGCUACCGACUCUUUUGCCAAACUUGCUAUCGCCCCUGCUGCCAGCUCCUUUGCCAACUCGUUCGCCAACCCUUUUGCCAGCAACUCGGGUUCUGCACCCGGCUCUCUUGCAUCCGGCCAGCCAAAGCCCUCAAAGGCAAUCCGGCGCCAGGCCAAGGCUACUAAGCUUGCGCAGCCUGUCAGACAGCCAACUCCUUCGCAGGCGUCCGUCACCCAGCCCUCUUCUGGACCCAACGCUCUUCUCAGCCGCCAGCCUCAGUCUUUCGGGAGUGGCAUUCGGGGCACAGCCACAACAGCGCACCAAGAUGUUCAACGCACUCAGGGACUAACAACGGCCACGACCACCCAGGUUCAAGGUUCUUCUUCGUAUGUCCCGUUCUACCAGAGUUACGCGACAACUUCUCAGCAGACCCCUACCCGAGCUUCUUACCAGACGUUCACUCAAGCCUCUCGCCAGUCUUCUGUCCAGCCUACUUUCCAGACGCCCGCCCCGGGCAAGGAGGAAGGGCCCCUUCGACUGCCCUCGAUUCGCGAGAUGUUCCCCUUCACAUUCACGGGACCAGAGCAGGAGGUGUUUGCUCGCCGGGAGGCCGAUGCCAUGCUGCAGAACCGAAAGCGCAGCAUCUCUGUCGAGGACGAGCAGAUGCCUGCUCCCAAGCGACGACCUCUUCCUGAUCGCCCCACCACGCUCCAGAACUAG